CGUGCAGGCGGCGCUGGCCGGCUCCCUGCAGACGCCGAUGGGGCGGCGCGACACGCUCUCGGACGGCACCGUGCGCAUCUGCUACCACAACGGAGACUGGAAGGAGGUCGGGCCGCAGGGCGACACGGUGUACUUCUACGCGGAGAGUGGCACCCGCCACACCACGUACCGCAGCGGCGCCGAGCUGGUCGAGUUCAGCAGCGGGCAGAUCGAGCACCGCGACCCGGACGGCACUACAGAGAUCAGGUACCCGUGCGGCGCCGUGACGGUGCUGACGCCUGGCGGCGAGGAGCAGACGGUGUACCGGGACGGCACCAGGCGGCGCCACCUGCGCGACGGCAGCCGCGAGAUCCUGCUGCCCAGCGGCAAGCUGGAGGUGCAUACGGAGCGCUACAAGAAGCUGGUGUGUCCGGACGGCACGGUGAAGUUCCUGUACCCGGACGGACGCCAGGAGACGCGCUACCCGAGCGGCCGCAUCCGCAUCAAGGACGCCGACGGCCGGCUGGUGGUCGAUACGCAGCCCUGAGCCGGCCGCUGCCAGUCCGCAGCGGACA